CAUACGCGUACCACUCUCAUGGUUUCAUAUUCCAAGCACAAUAUAGUCGUCGGGGAAUCCUCGUGUUCAAAGUUUGCGUGCUUCUUCUGUGUAAAAUAUAUUUGUAAAAUAUUCUUUUUCAUUUUGAGCAAUGAAUGUUCUCAAACCAGACUUAAUUUGGGUGGAAGAUCGAUGUUACAGAUUUUUAGGAAAAGGAGAUUCAAACGAGUACGUUUCUCCUUAUAUGGAGGAUAAUAACCUUGACAUUGAAGACGAGGAGGAAUUUAAUGAUAGUGACAUUGAAAUUACACCGUAUCAAUCAAGAAAAUAUAAACAUACUUUCCACGUAGCAAAAUCAUUUUUCCCAUUUAUAAUUGGAUCUAAACAUUCGGUACGUAAGAGAUUAGAGAUUGAAACUAGAACAACUAUACAAAUCCCAAAAAUGGGUCAGGACGGUGAUGUUGUGAUAAUCGGAUGCGAUCGUAAAGGAAUAGUAACAGCUCGUCGUAGAAUAGAUUUAUUGAUAGCAGUAACAAGGAAGAGGCAGCACUCUACGCAUUUCUUGUCUAUACCUUUAAACGAAGGUCAUAUAAUAAUGAAAUUUAAUAUGUUCAAGAACAGUGUGCUCACAAACUUGGGAAAAGUGUCUAAAGGUAUAGACGAAAGAAUUUUUCAGACACCCAGUAAACUGCAUCUUACCAUUGGGAUAUUAAAAUUAUUCGACGACGUAGAAAGGGAACAAGCUAUUAAAGCCCUUGAUUACUGUAAAGAACAUAUCAUAAAACCUGCAAUUAAAAAAUAUGGUCAGAUUCCUAUAUGCUUACAAGGAAUUGAAAUAAUGAAUGAUGAUCCCACUGAAACACGGAUUCUAUACGCAAAAGUAAUAGACGCGAACAACGCUUUGCAAGAAAUAUGCGACAAAAUGGUCAAUUAUUACGCUAACAUAGGUCUAUUGGAACAGGAAAGAGAAAAUGUUAAAUUGCACGUAACUCUUAUGAAUUCAAAAUUUAAGCUAAUUGAUAAAGAAGACACGGGAGAAAAUGAAACUAUUAAAACAUUUGAUGUGUCGGAUAUACUAAAAGCUCAUGAAAAUACUUCUUUUGGGGAAACUGUAUUAAAACAGAUUCAUAUAUCACAACGCCAUACAAUUAGCAGUAAUGGAUAUUAUCAAGCAACAGCAAAGCUUAAUUUAACUGAGAACCUCUGAAUAGUAUGUAUACCCAUAGUUAUUUCCAAACACUGUAGUAUUGGGGAAUUCGUUUAUACAAUAUUCUAUAGAACUAAUUGCAAGAUAUAGAUGUUUCAACCUCUAUCCAUUGUAAAAAUAAAUAUAAUUGUUACAGAAUAUAUAUUAUUAUAUAUUUGUU